AUGGCACCGGCAAGGCAAAGGUACAAUGCCAAUUCAAUACCCAGGAAACCUCCAAAGAAGCUAGCAAGUGCAGGAGUGUCAAGGAAUGAAAAUAAAAAGUUAAGCACCUUAAAGAAAUCAUCAGUCAGUGAAAAUACAUCCAUAUCGGAUAAAUCAAAUGUUGUGCCGUCUGUGGCAUUUAAGACUUUUGUCAGUGCACGUUUAUGCAGUGCCAUCUGGGCCUAUAUCUCCGACUGCGAUGAGACAUACAACUAUUGGGAACCGCUAAAUUACAUUAUAAAUGGUCAUGGUUUGCAGACGUGGGAAUAUAGCCCACAGUUUGCUUUACGUUCGUACACGUAUUUAUUGCUACAAGGUGUUCCAGGAUGGAUUUAUCAAAAGCUUUUCCACCCAAGCCCGGUUCUAAUAUUCUACAUGAUCCGUUGUAUGUUGGGUUUUGGCUGUGCAGUUAUGGAAAGGUUUAUGUACAAAUCCAUUUGUCAGGAAUUUGGUAUACAUAUUGGUCGUCUUUGGCUUAUUUUCCAACUGUUUAGUGUUGGCAUGUUUAUAUCUAGUACCGCACUAUUGCCUUCAUCAUUUGCAAUGUACUUCGGUUGCUCAGCAUUGGCAGCUUGGUGGACUAAGAAAUACCCUCUGGCAAUCUUCUUUGUUGCCAUAGCAGCCUUAUUGGGUUGGCCAUUUUCUGGAAUUAUUGGAGUACCCAUCGCUUUGGAUAUGUUAGUACGCCAAAGAAUGUUCCGUACGUUCUUUUUAUGGGCUGGUAUUUCUUUCGUGACUAUUGCUAUACCUAUGAUAGUGAUUGACUCCUCAUAUUUUGGCAAAAUAACAUUUGCACCAUUGAAUAUUGUUUUGUACAACGUAUUUACCAGUCAUGGACCCAACAUAUUUGGUACUGAACCUCUUAGCUAUUAUUUGAUCAAUGGAUUUUUGAAUUUCAACAUUGUUUGGAUUCUAGCUUUGAUUACACCAAUAAUGCUAAUCAUCGAUUACUUUGUGGUACCAGCCAAAUCUAGUUCUACGUUAAACUUUCCCCGCUACAUAACACUGGCACCAUUUUAUCUAUGGCUACUGGUGUUUUUUGCCCAACCACAUAAGGAGGAGAGAUUUCUUUUCCCUGUAUAUCCAUUAAUAUCGUUAUGCGGUGCAAUAACCGUCGAUGUUUUCCAGCGCAUAUUUUUCCGCCUGAAAACAUUGGUGGUUAAAAUGAAAAACUCCAGCACAGCAACACAUUAUUUGGACCAUACAAUGUUCAUUGCCAUAAUUAUAAUGAUUAUAAGUACCGUUGCCGGCUUAUCGCGAGUAUUUGCCUUGUAUCGAAACUAUCACGCUCCCAUGGAUCUAAUGAUGGAAUUAGGUCAAUUUAAAACGUCCAAUGAAUAUAGAGAGAACCAAAUAUAUAAUGUAUGUAUAGGUAAAGAUUGGUACCGUUAUCCUGGAAGUUUCUUCUUUCCUGCACCGAAUUUCCGACUUCGUUUUUUGAAAUCGGAAUUUAAAGGUAUGCUGCCGGCUUAUUAUGCUGAAGGUGAAAAUGCCACCAAAAUUAUCCAUCCAUAUUUUAAUGAUAUGAAUCAAGAGGACGAUCGCAUGUAUUUCCCAUAUGAGGAUUGUCAUUUCUUAAUUGAUUUUGAUGAGGGCAAAUAUACCGAGCUGGAGCCUAGUUAUUCAAAACGAACCAAAGAUUGGACAAUAAUGAAAAGUUUGCCAUUUUUAAUACAAGAUAAAUCGCAUCGAAUUUAUCGAGCAUUUUAUAUACCAUUCCUUACUGACAAUUAUACCUCAUAUGGUAGUUUUAAUUUAUUGAAAAGAAAGAAAAUGAAAUUAAGCUAAAUAUAAGGAUU